AGCCAAUCUCUCUCUUCAGCUAUGCCAACCACACCACCCACACAAGGGCGGCCUGUUGCUGCCCCUUCUCCUCCUUGGCGCGCCUCCCGGAGCGGCUUCGCGUGCUGGAGAUCUCCGGCGCGUCUCUGGACGGCCUCGCGGUCGGCGGCGCCGUCGCCGCGUGCCCCAGUCUCGCCGACCUCACUCUGCUCAAGUGCCAGUGCUCUGGCUACGUGUCCAGCGCUGCCGCCUUGACUUGGUAGCGUGCAUAGCAUCUUGUCCGAGCAGCUGUCUCUGCGUGGUGUCCAGUGGAGCUGGGGCAGCACCCGGUGAUGAACAUUGCGUCCUGUGGUGGUUCCGAUGCGAGGGAGCCUUUUCCCGAGGUCGAUCUUGCUGAAUUCUUCGACAGCCACCCAAAGAUUCGCUCGCAAGUUUGAGAUCCAUGAUGCAAUGCAACCCCGGUCUGCGUCCCGAUGGUGCCCGUCGCCUGUUCGACGGAGUGCUCGACCCAGGUCGAUGCCGUCGACCAAGCCCAUGACGCCGCCACCGUCGCAGCGGAGGUUCGCAACACCACAACUGCGCUCGGCCCCGAGCUCGCCAUCGUCCUCUGCAACACCACGGCGGCCAUCGGUGUAGCCACCUGUGGUCACCACGACAGGUUCCACGGCCUCAACAUCCCCGUGACAGCCAACAUCAGCCCGCCGCCCCACGUCUAGGCCAUCGUUUUCAAGCAAUGGCCGAGCAGUACCAGUGUGGCCAGAAUUACCCAAGUGGGCAUUGGAAGUUUUCUGAACAUGCUGCUGCAGGUAGUUUUCCUAAGCCUAAAAAAAAGGCCAGAGACACUGCGGAUCACGACAAUGUCAGUACUCAGGGGCAUGUUCUCCUGCAAGGGCAGCCUAGUACAGUGGAGUGCAAAGAAUUUAAGAGCAACAAUUGUCCAUGCUUUGGGCUCCAAACCAGAGGGAAGUUUGUUGAUACUGAUUGAGUUGGAGACGUGCAUUGCAUAUCUGAAUUCAUGUGCAGUCAGUGCCUCUGGGAACUAUAGUCAUUGGCGUUUCUUUGUUCGGUUUGAGAGGCUAUGGGCUCCUGGAACUAAAGAAGUGUCUGAUGAUAAUGUUACUGGCCAGUCUCGGGUGGGCGGAUGGGAUUGAGAGCGCAUUCGAGCUAUUGGUGCUCAUAAUGCAGCAAGCUUGUCGCUCUACGCUCACUUAUUGUUUAUCGCAAGCUGGACAACUCUAUUUCUCUGUUGGGUGAGCAGCACUGGCCAUUCCCUGAACCUGAUGUGGAUGCCUGCAGGCGUGAAGACAUACAAGCUACAAUCGAGGGGUGUCCACGGUGGUAUUACUCAUGUGAUCUUCCCAGUGCUCCAGUUGCCGUUUCGACCGAAUACCCUACCGGUGAUGUGCAUAAGUCAUGCGAUCCUGGGAGGGUCACAAGGCAGACUUCUGAUAUUCAACUGUCGCAGAUUCUAAUGGCAAUUGUAAUCAGCAUGAGAGCACUGGGCAUGGGUGGUAUGGUGUCCUCUUCCUGCUACAAUCAAGGACAUUUCCAAGGAAGGUGGGGUGUCGUCGCUGUUGUUGCCGGCUUCGUGCAAGGCUCCGUCGACAGCUUCAACGACUACUUCAGCAUCUCCUUCAACUCGGUCGCCAUCGCCCACAGCUACUACCCCCACGUCGUUCAAGUCAACGCCAACUUCCCCUUUUACCUUUCUUCCUCCUCGGCUCCUCUGGAGAGUGCUUCCUCCAUUCGUGUACCGAUGAACUGUAACCUGCUACUGCAACAGAGAGUGUAGAUCGAACCCUGUGUCCAUCUAUUCCCUUACACUUCACCAGCCAACCAUUACACAAUUGCAGUCACACCAUGCUGAUCACCCUCGAGUCCCUAGCCAGGUACGGUCCAGGACUGCGGAGGAUGGUAAUUAGGACCUCCUCCAAGGUAAAUAACUGCCUCCAUUCAGUGCUGCAAAACUCUUCAUUCUGUUUCUUUCUCCUUGUUUCCCUGCACCGACAACUAGAUACAUACGUACGCACUGAUGGCAGAAGCUUGUCAGCAAAAUCAACACCAUUCAGCUUUGGUUACUCCAUCAAAACAGUAUCAUAACAUCCAUAGGAGUUUGCUGCUUAUUAUAUAUAAGUGGCUUCCCUCUCUGCAUAGCAUAGCUUCCCUCCUAGCACUCACCUCUUGCAUUCCAUGCCCAAUACCAAACUGUGAGCUAGGCUUCAGAGCUCGGAUCAGCCAUGGCGAUCGGAGCUGUGCUGUCGCAACAAUGGAGCUUGUUGCUCUCGCUUGCGGCGCUCGUGGCUCUGUGGUGGGCCUGGAGGGUGCUGGAGCUGGCCUGGGUCACCCCGCGGAGGCUGGGCCGAGCGCUCCGGGCUCAGGGCCUCGGCGGCAGGGCGUACCGCUUCCCGUUCGGCGAUCUGCAGGAGUUUUCCCGGCUGGUCGCCGUGGCCCGGUCGGAGCCCAUGCUGCCGCCGUCGCACGAUAUCACAGCGCGGGUGGCCCCUCUGUACCACAGCGUGAUCAAGGAGCAUGGGAAGAUCUCCGUGACCUGGUUCGGCCCGACGCCGAGGGUGAUCGUGAACGAUCCUAAACUGGUGCGGGAGAUACUAGCCAACAAGUCCGGGCACUUCCGGAAGCGCAAGUUCAGCAAUGGCAUCGUCAGGCGGCUGGCCAACGGGCUGGUGAGCCACGACGGCGAGAAAUGGGCCGCUCACCGGAAGAUCAUCAACCCCGCAUUUCAUCUUGAGAAACUCAAGAAAAUGAUGCCCGCUUUCGUUGCCUGCUGCAAUGAGCUGGUAGCUAGGUGGGAGGAUCAUGUGGGAUCCGAUGAGGCCAAGGAGAUUGACGUGUGGCCGGAGUUCCAGAACCUCACCGGCGACGUGAUCUCCCGUGCGGCGUUCGGCAGCAGCUUCAGCGAAGGGAGGAGGAUUUUCCAGAUACAGUCGGAGCAGGCCCAGAAUGUGGUGAAGAUGCUCAACACCCUAUACCUCCCAGGUUUCAAGUUCUUACCAAUGCAGCUCAACAGACGGGUGAAGGCGAACGCGUGCGAGGUCGAGUCGCUGCUCAAAGGCAUAAUCGGCAAGAGGGAGAUGGCCAUGAGAGAAGGCAGCGCCAGCAACGAUGACCUGCUGGGCGUGCUGAUGGAGUGCAACGCCGCGGAGACCAAGGAAGCCAAGGAAGCCGGGAGCACCAAGCCCAUCAUGACCAUGGACGACAUCAUCGGGGAGCUCAAGCUCUUCUACUUCGCCGGAAUGGACACCACCGCCGUGCUUCUCACCUGGACGCUGGUCGCGCUGAGCAUGCACCCCGAGUGGCAGGACCGGGCGAGGGAGGAGGUCCUGCGCGUCUUCGGGGACAAGGACCAGCCGGACCUGGACGGCAUAAACCAGCUCAAGGUGGUGGCCAUGGUGCUGCACGAGGUGCUCAGGCUGUACCCGCCGGUGAUCCAGUUCGACCGGCAGACGUACACGGAGGUGGAGCUGGGCGGCGUCAGGUACCCGCCGGGGGUGAUCCUCUCGCUGCCCAUCGUGUUCCUCCACCACGACCCGGACGUCUGGGGAGAGGACGCCGACGAGUUCAGGCCGGAGAGGUUCGCCGAGGGCGUCUCCAAGGCGUCCGGGAGCUCGUCGUCGCCGGCGUUCUUCCCGUUCGGGUGGGGCCCACGGGUCUGCGUCGGCCAGAACUUCGCGCUCAUCGAGGCCAAGAUGGCGCUGAGCAGGAUACUGCAGCGCUUCCAGUUCGGGCUGUCGCCGUCCUACAGGCACGCCCCAUUCCCGGUCUCCACCCUGCAGCCUGAUCAUGGCGCGCCCAUCAUGCUCAAGAAACUCUAGCCGCAACAUGUCUUAAAAUAAAUCUCAGCAUAUUGUAAACCAAGAGAGAUAAUGAGAGCUAGUUAUAAAUCUCAACAUGUAUUUGUUUGUUUUCUGUGGGUUUUGUUUAAGAGAUUGUUAUCAGAGGUGAUCCUCAAAUAGAUUGUUUUCAUCCAUCA